AUGGACGACUUGAACAAUCAAGUUAUCAAAAAAAGUCCUCAAUUGCAUGUGGAGAUAAGAGGUUUGAUUGCGGAACUCAAAAAUGCAUUGGUUCUUCGAGAAAGUGAUAAACGUAUCAUUUACCAGUCGGUAAGUGCGAGAUUGGCCGUCAUUGUCAACGAGUUUGAACUUCAACCUAAAUUACUUGAGAAACAACUUGGGGAUUAUAUAAGAGAGUUGAGCGCUUUAUUCCUAGAAGACACUUUGAAUGGUGAACUCAUUGGCAAUGUCAUAUACGCGUUUGCAAAGGUAUGCAGUUUCAAAACUGUGGCUUUGUUUUUUUCGAGUGAUGUUUAUCUUCUUGACCAUUUGAUUGAUAGGUGUCGAGAUUCAAGCGAGGCUAUCAAGUUUGUUAGCUUACUAUGGUUGUGUAAUUUGGUUCUAGUUCCUUUUCCAAUAGAGACUAUCGGGGCAGAUUUACGCGAGAGGUUGAAAGAAACUGCUCAAGUUUCAUUGACAAGAUUUGCUAAUGUAUCCAGAACCCAGGUCGCUGCACUGAUCUUGUAUUCAAGACUACUCUCUAGACCGGACUGCCAAGAUAUGCUCAAUUCCUUUUUGGAAUCUAUGGUAAAUUCUUGGUCUGAAGCAAGCCCUAGCCAGAAGUUGGGAUCAUUCUUGGUUGUGAAUAAACUUUUGAAGCGGGUUGAACUUAGCCAGGUACAAAUCACAGGUGUAUACUCAUGCAUCAUGGGUGAUAUACUAGAAUCCCACAUAUCAAAUAUGAGUUUGAUAUUUUCCAUCAAAAUUUUGAGCAAAUUGACAGUCAACCAUAUCAAACGUGGACUGUUUAUUGAUGUGGCUGAGGUGAUUAACAAUUUAAUAAACGAUAUUUUACUAAGUGAUAUAACAUUUGAGACAAAUCUUCGAUAUACCAUGGCAAAGGCAAUAUCCACCAUUGUUGAGCAGCUAUCCUAUACUGCUGUAAAUUAUCAAAAUCAAUUGAUACAAUUCAUCUUAGGCCUCGUUAACACAGAGGAAACAAAUGUACCCAAACUUCAUACAAUUUUGUUGACAUUAGGAUACAUUUCAUUGUCCAAGAACUUACCAAUGCAAUUUCAGUCGGAAUGUAUUCAGCUUGCAUCAAGGUAUUUAUUUUUCAAGGUCUUUAAGGGAACAAUCACUAUAGGGAGUCAAGUUAGAGACUCAGCUUGCUUUCUACUAUGGUCUGUUGUGCGCAAUUUGAAACGGAGCUUACCCAUAUUAGCAAAUGUAUUUGUUAACCUAUUACAAAUGUUGGCGUUUGAUGAAUUGCUAUUGAAGAGAUGUAGCGUUGCUGUAAUGCAGGAGAUGUUAGGCAGGUUGGGUAAAGAAUUAGUAAACACCACUAACACGGGCGAGUUCAUUGUAAAUUUUGUUUCAAAACUAGACUAUUUGCGACUAGAUCAGCACAUUUGCUACCAAUUUAUUGAUUCCUUUUAUCAUGAUAUUGACUUAAGCUUUCUCAUCGCACCGUUGGUUGAUGUGAUUUGCGAAGAGGAUGGAGAUGGGCUCUACUUAAAUAAGUUGCUCAAGCAACCCAAAGCGCUAGAAUUAGUUCCUAAAAGUACAACCAAUUUCAACCAAAUCGUCACCAGAUUGAGAAUGGCCAACAGGUGGCACGUUUUAUUCCAAUUGGAUGACCUUAAAGAAGGGUGUCAUGCAUUCGACAAUUUUGUGUUUGAUGAGUCUAAACUUGAAAUGAUAAGAGGGUAUCUAUUUUGCCUAAAAUUUAAGCAGUUGAGCGAAUUAGAUUGGCACAAUUUGUUAAAGAUUCUGAAAUACGCCAACCUUGUUGAAGAUAUAAGACAAGUGAUUUUAAAUCAAAAAGAGUUACCCAUGCAUGAAAUAUUAUAUCAUUUACCCCACGACCGCAAUCUUUCAUGUACGAUAUUCGAUUUUCCUGAUCUCAUGCAACAUCAGUACGAGCAACUUAUGAAACUAAUGAAGGAUGACCGCGUUGACACCAUUGUCCGCGCAAAUUUGAUCGAUAACCUCAUCGCUAACAUACCAGUCUUUUUUAAAUUGCACGAUGUUUACGACCAUUUUGAUGAUUACACAACUACAGAUCAGGGGGAUGUAGGAUCUAAGGUUAGAAUAGCUGCGAUUAAGUUGGUACUAAAGAAUAGCUUCAUUGAUGAUACUAUCAAAAUGAAGUUGAUACGGUUGAGCGGUGAGUUGAUGGACAAGAUUCGUCAUUUAUCUUUUAAGGCAUUGACAGGGAGAGAUUUCAGUUGGCGAAGUUUUUUCCUGUAUUAUGGUACAGUAAAGAAUCACCAAUUUAAAGUUGAAUUUUGGCGAGGUGUGGCUUUUACUUGCGGAUCAUUCGUCGGACACACAAAAACCAUAAAUGAAUCGUUUCGUGAACUAUUGAUUUAUGGACCCAACGAAGAGGAUUUUGAAAUCUGGCUCGCAUUUUUGAAGCGAACUGGCACUGGAAGCAAACGAGAAGCAAAACUUGUAUCAAUGGUGUUGCAAAUGAUCCUCAAAGUAUUUGAUUCAAACUAUCAAUUCAAAAACGAACUCAAUUAUCAGAAUCUUUUCGUGAAAUGCUACAAUUUGCACAUUAAUACUAAAAAUUUAACUAGAAUCAUGACGGUGUUGCAAAUAUUUUUCCACAUAUCACAAAGGUGCCCUGAACUAAGGCAGAGAGUUUAUGACCGAUUUUUGUGGAUUUUGAGAAAUCAUCCAUCGAAGGAACUCGGGGCAUUUAUUGGUGAAAGUAUACUUUUUGAAGUUGUGGAUGACACUUCAUUUCUGCGUUAUGAAAAGAUUGAUUGGCUUGAUGUCAAACACUCCGAUAUAGCAUUUAUAGAGGAAAUUCUAGGAUAA